AUGGAGGGAUCGUCUUCGUCGAUGCAGUCAAAGUACAAAGGCGUGAGGAAGAGGAAAUGGGGGAAAUGGGUUUCAGAGAUCAGAUUUCCCAACAGCAGAGAACGAAUCUGGUUGGGCUCUUACGAUUCUCCUGAAAAGGCGGCACGUGCCUUCGACGCAGCUCAGUUUUGCCUCCGAGGCAGCGCCGCCAAGUUCAAUUUCCCCGAUAAUCCUCCGGCGAUCCCCGGAGGAAGGAACCUGUCGCGAUCGGAGAUCCGGGAAGCGGCUGCUAGGUACGCUAAUUCGGAGGAGGAUGUAGCGAGAGAGAAGGAUUCGAGUGGUCGAGAGAUGAUUCAGGAACAGGAAGAGUCUCCUUCGACCUCGGCGGCUUCGUCGUCGAUGAUGAUGACGAUGGACAUUGAUUCGGAGUUUUUGAGUAUGCUUCCGACGGUUGGUUCGGGUAAUUUCGCUUCGGAUUUCGGGUUGUUCCCCGGGUUUGAUGAUUUCACCGACGAAUACUCCGGCGAUCGUUUCAGAGAACAGGUUUCACCCACACGGGACUAUUAUCACGGCGAAGAGAAUUACGAUGGCUCCAUGUAUCUUUGGAAUUUUUGA